AUGCUCUCGCGCUUUCUCGUCAUGCUGCUGGCUUCGCUCGCCCACGGCAGGGAGUGCGGCCACGGCGUCUGCGGUGGAGACUGGCAGGAUUCCUUUGACCGCGCAGGCUGGAGUAAUUGCAACCAAGGCUGCGCCAUGACGGGAAUGUACCGGUCUGGAGGCACCAGCCUCUUCAACCUCGAAGAGGCCAAGUGCUGCAACGUCAACAACCCUUACGAGACGUGCCAAGAGAAAGACAUCGGAAUCACUUUCGACAGCGAAGGCUGGGCUGAGUGCCAAGUCGACCACUACAUGGUUGGCCUCAGACGCAACGAUUGCGAGGAACUUUUGUGCAUCGAGGGACUGUCCUGCUGCAAAGGCGGUGGCUCGCUGAUCAACUGCGAGAUCAGGGAUGAGUGGAGCCAGUUCGAUUCGGAAGGCUCAAACUUCACCAUCGAGCAGAGCGACACGUCGGGCGAAGCCUCGUCAGACUUCUCCUUGGCGUACAAGGCCAGCAGCACGUUCGCCUACAGCGUCUACAGCGUCAGCCCCACCGGCGCCGGGCGUCGGCGUCUUGCCACGACACUCGUCUUCGCCGGGCAGUGCGGCGGCACAACUUGCUGCAACGACUGGUGCGCCUGCGGCGAGGACAUCGACGUGACCCAGGCUCACCGGGGCGGCACGCUGCUGGAUGGAUUGAAAAACAUUCGAACAAAGAAGAGGCGACGGGAGGAACCGGCGGAGGAUGCAGACGGGCAGCAGCACCAGUGCCGGGAGGGCCACGUCUUCUGCGCCUCCUGCGACACCAACCUGCGAGCCCCGCGCCGCUGCCCCGAGUGCCGCAUGGCUCUCGGACCGCUGAGCCAGGCCAUCCGAAACAGAAGCCACGAGGAGCGGAUCGCGGCGCUGCCGGCGGCGUGUUCGCACUGCGGGGUGGCGACGACCCGCGGCGAACUCGCCGCCCACGAGCAAGGCUGCCCGCAGCGGCCGCGCGCGUGCGCCGCGGCGGAGGCUGGCUGCGCGUGGUCGGGGCUGCUGGCAGACAAGGCGGCGCACGAGGCGACGUGCCCCUUCGCCGUGUGCCAGCGCAUGAUGGCGCCGCUGCGAGCCCAAGUGGCGGCACAGUGUGCGGAGAACGAGCGGCUGCAGGCCCAGAUGGCGCCGCUGCAGACCGAGGUGCAGAACAGGCAACCUGCGGCGGAGGCGGGCGCGAUCGAGGCGAUAGUGGCGGCGAUGCGCGCUCAUCCGCAGGUGGUGGAGGUGCAGAAAAUGGGUUGCUGGGCGCUGCGCAACGUGUGCGCCGGCAUGGACGCCGCAGGGCUCGCGCGCAAGCAGCGCGCAGCAGCCGCGGGCGCGAUCCAGGCGGUUGUGGCGGCGUUGCAGGCUCACCCGCAGGAGGCGGAGGUGCAGGCGGAAGGCUGCAGGGUGCUGCGCAACGUGUGCUGCGGCACCGACGCCGCAGGGCGCGCACGCAGCCAGCGCGCAGCAGCCGCGGGCGCGAUCGAGGCGGUUGUGGCGGCGAUGCAGGCUCACUCGCACGCAGCGGGCUUGCAGGAGCAUGGCUGUGCGGCGCUGCGCAACGUGUGCUGCGGCAGCGACGCCGCAGGGCUCGCACGCAAGCAGCGCGCAGCAGCCGCGGGCGCGAUCCAGGCGGUUGUGGCGGCGUUGCAGGCUCACCCGCAGGUGGCGGGGGUGCAGGAGGACGGCUGCGGGGCACUUGCCAACGUGUGCUCCGGCAUGGACGCCGCGGGGCUCGCACGCAAGCAGCGCGCAGCAGCCGGGGGCGCGAUCGAGGCGGUGGUGGCGGCGCUGCAGGCUCACCCGCAGGUGGAGGAUGUGCAGAAACUGGGUUGCUGGGCGCUGCGCAACGUGUGCUCCGGCACCGACGCCGCGGCGCGGGCGCGGAGGCGGCGUGCUGUGACUGCACGCGCGCCCGAGGCGGCGACAGCGGCGCUGCAGGCGCACCCAGAGAACGCAGCUGUCCAGGGGCAAGGACAGCGGUUGCGCGACUUGCUUGUCUGA